AUGAUGCGCAAGUAUGGACUCUCGGCCGAUAACGUCCUCGACGCUAGUAUGGUCGACGCCAACGGGAACCUGCUGGCGAACAAGAAGGCCAUGGGGGACGACCUCUUCUGGGCCAUCCGCGGCGGCGGCGGCGGGAACUUCGGCAUCGUGCUGUCGUGGAAGCUCAGGCUCGUGCCAGUCCCACCGAAGGUGACCUUCUUCAAAGUCGCCAAGACCAUGGAACAGGGCGCGGUCGACACGGUGACCAAAUGGCAAACGCUCGCGCCGGCGCUCCCCGACGAUCUCAGCGUACGUGUUGUCAUCGAAAAGAGCCAGGCCAACUUCCAGUCCCUGUACCUCGGUAACUGCAGCACGACAGUGGCGACGAUGCGCAGCCGGUUCCCGGAGCUCGGGGUGACGAGCGCCGACUGCAAGGAGAUGAGCUGGCUGCAGUACACGGCGUACAUAUACUUCGGCGACGCCAUCAACAGCAAGCCGCUGGAGGCGCUCCUCCUCAACCGGUCCACGACCCUGGGCCCCUUCGUCAAGAACAAGUCGGACUACGUCAAGAAAGCCCUCACCAAGGAGACCUGGAAGAAGAUCUUCCUCUGGCCCAACGGCGCAGCAUCGGGGCAGCUCAUCCUCGAGCCGCACGGUGGAAUAAUGGACCGCAUCGGCGCCGCCAAGAUCCUGUUCCCCCACCGAAGCAGCGUGCUCUACAACAUCCAUUACGUGGAGCUAUGGAACGGGAAAGAGGUCGGGGGCAACGUUACGCCUAACUGGAUCGGAAGCCUGUACAACUUCAUGACGCCGUACGUGAGCAAGAACCCGAGAGGCGCAUACGUGAACUACAGGGACCUCGACAUCGGCGCGAACAAGGUGGUCGACGGUGUGAUAAGCUAUGAUAGUGCCAAGGUGUGGGGCGAGAGCUAUUUUGGCCCGGAGAACUUUAGGAGACUCGCCGAGAUCAAUUGCAAAGUGGACGCCAGCGACUACUUCCAGAGCGAGCAGAGCGUGCCGCCACUUCCCUUCAACGAGUAG